AUGGAAAAAGCCUGGAUAGCAAGCGCAAACCCAGUCUCAAAGGCCAGGUCGCCCCAAAAGCAAAAAUCGUGGCAGAAUGUCCUCAUCACCGAUCCCGUGGAUGACAAAGGGUUGCUAGUCACCAAUGUUAACCAAACGCAGGAUUUAAUGCGGCUGAAGAACACGGAGGUGAUGUUUGCUAAUUUAAAGGCCACCGACGAUUGGAUUCAGGUCUACAGCUUGGCAAACUUCCAACUCUCCCUUGAGGAUUUGAUGAAGAAAGGCAGUACUACCACGGAUGCGAACAAUACGGUGGAGUUUACUCAAGAGGAGAUCAACAGUUUCGAAUCUCAAUUGCAAAUGGCUAUCGAUCUCUACGACAAGAGGAUGCGUUGGCUUCUCCGUGGUUCCAAGAAGAUGUUUGGUGUCAUUCAAGGAAACAAACUUGGAGUUCUGAUCGAAACAUCCAGUGUAGAUUAUGGAUCAGGACUGCAGGGAUUCCAACUGGAUCUCUUGGCAUUAAUUAACGAACAACUGAAAUACAUGAAAAAGCUCUACUUUAUUUCGUUUGGAGCUGAGAUCUCAACUCUGUGGGAUGAACCGCGCGCAGUCAACGGGGAUCGAUUAAAUGAAGCCAGGCAGUGGGUCCAGGAGCUGAAACCCACCAGAGGCUGUAAUUUGCUAAAAGCUUUGAAGAAAGUCCUGGAGAUGAGAGAUCUGGAUUCGCUGGCGAUCAUAGUAGGAACCUGUCCAGACCAGGGUUCAGAAAUUCUGUCGGAUUACAUCCAACAGUGCUCGGCGGGAAGACGGUUGCUGGUUCACACUGUGGCCUACGACUGCGGCAGUGAGGCACCUCCCGCCAUUCUCCAAAGCUUGGCGGAAGAGGUGAGAGGCCGUUACCAUUGCUACUCGGGAAAAAUGGAGAGUUGUACCAGCACGGAUAUUCACCUGGUUCUUUCUGAGCAGCAGAAAGCAGACCGCUUGCUCAAGAUCGUGAACGAGAUCUACGAGGGCAAGAUGGGUGACUCGCUUUUCAAUUUAGUGACGAAUAGUUCAAUGGGACGUAGACAGUCGACAUCUCUAGUACAACUGUCCAAACCCUUCCAGCAUGAACGCCUCCUUGCAAUCCAGACCCCCAACUUCUUGGCCAAAUCCUCCGCGGAGUGGUUGAAAACUAAUGGAUUGCGAGCCAAGAAACUCAGCCUUUACCAAGUCUUAGCACCCAACGCCUUCUCGCCUGUGGAAGAAUUUGUGCCGCUCCUUCGAAAAACGGUCUCGUCCACGCUCCACGGGAAAGCCAUGAUGCAGUUUGAAUGGCACGAUGGGACCGUGAAAAACGUUCACGUCGAUCCUCCGAUAUUAUACGAUUACCAGAAGCAACUCGGCCGGAUGGUGAAGAUGUACGAGAGACGCAUUGAUUGGCUGUCUCUUUCCAGCAGAGGAAUUUGGGGGACAGUUUGUGAAAAGAGGGUGGUUGUCCUGGUUGACAUCUCCAAAACGAAUUCCUCUUACAUCUUCCAUAUCCAACAUUCGUUACGCCUUUUGCUGGAAGAGCAAAUGGCAAGCAAAGAUCUGUUCAACAUCUUGGCCUUUGGAAGUGAUGUUAUGGCUUGGCAGCCUGAAAUGGUCCCACCUCAUCCAGACAACUUGCAGAGUGCUUGGAGAUGGGUGCUGUGCCUGCGCUGCAGGGGCUCCAGAAACGUUCUGAAGGCCCUCAAAAGAGCCGUGGAGGUGAAUUUUAAAGAUAAAGACAGGCACGAAUCUCAAGGCCUGUAUCUGCUGGCGGCUGGAGUGCCUGACCAGGAGACGCACCUCAUCUCUUCUUACCUGGCUGAGGUCUGUGGGGGCUGCGAUUUGCAGCUCCAUGCUUGCCUCUUCAGCGUGCAGGCUUAUUCGCUGGAAGACGAGCUGCCGCCACGCUACGCCAGCCUGGAAGAAACUGCCACCGCUUACAAAGACAUGGUGCAGGCCGCCAACGGACGCUUUCAUUGGUUUGGGGAAACAGGGAUCAAUGAAAGCGAUGACAUCAGCCUUAUCCUAUCUGAAAUGGAGAAAGCAGUUCACUACUCACACAAGUGUGCCGUGUUGGUGGAAUCUUUAAGGCGGAAAUCAGGGAAUCUUUCAAGGCGCCAGUCGUUGUCUUCCACGGUAGAUGACCUCUCAUCACCAAAGAAGGAAGAUAAGAAGACCAGACCUUCAAAAGUACCCUUUCCAAAGCCGACAACCCUCACCCUUGCCAGAAUGGGUUGCCGACAACAGCACCAAGAUGGCGAGAGGAUCGGUUGCCCCAAAGCUCUUUUGUGGCGUCCUCCGAGUGGCAAAGCAGAAAUCCCACCAGUUCAGCCCAUAAAAGAGUUUCUCCAGGCCAGAAAGAAAUCCAAGGCAAAAAACCAGCCACCGAUGUCACUCUGUUUGUUGGAUUACAGCGGAAACAAAAACAUAGAGGCAGUUUUCAGAAAGAGCGGGAAAAGGAUUAUUCCUUCGGUGGUGUUGCCAAAUGAGGAAGAAAUUUGCUCCACUAAGUCAUGGCUCAGCAAAUGGAGCCUGAAAAAGCUAAAAUUAGAUUUGCCCACUGUCCUUUUUGGGCCCGGGAGCGUCCAUCGGAAGGAGAGAGUGGAAUCGUUGCACAAGAAAGUUUCGGCAAAAUAUUGUGACAUUUUCCCAAGUGUAGAAAUGCAAGGGAUGGUGAAGCAUCUGCAGAUUCAACCCAAGGAUUUGGAUGACUACAUCGAACAGAUGGAGAGAGUGUUGCGAUGCUACGUCCGAAGACUACAGUGGCUUCUCUCGGGCAGCCGCCGAUUCUUUGGGGUCAUCUUGGAAGGCAAAGUUUGCAUUCUCAUUGACACGUCUGGUUCCAUGGAGCUCUCCUUGGGUCUGGUUGCUAAAGAGCUCACCUCCCUUAUCUGGGAACAGCUGAGGAAGAAGGCCACCAAGUUCAACCUCAUCACUUUUGCAGAAGAGGCCCAACUUUGGCAGGAGUGCCUCGUGGAGGCCACCGAUGAAAUGUGCCACGAGGCUGCCCAGUGGGUGUCCCUCUUUCAUGCCCAUGGGAAUACAUCCAUUCUGAAGGCUUUACAGAGAGCGCUUAGUCUAGAAAAUGUACAAGCCCUGUACAUUUUGACCGAUGGAAAACCUGACACCAGUUGCAACUUAAUUCUCAAAGAAAUCGAAGCACUUACGAAGAUUCACGCCGUUAGCAUCCACACCAUUUCUUUCAAUUGCACAGACAGAGUGGCCAAUGACUUUCUCAAGAAACUCGCCUUCCAGACCGGUGGACGCUACCAUCGUUGCCAUGGAGAUGUGGAUGGACAGUUGGCCGCACACCAACUGCUUUCGCAAGGCUUUAAAGAUGAAGAGGAUCCUGUUUUCCCCUUGUUUGAAGGAGACGAUUUGAAGAAGCUUGUCGAAGAAAUAGACAAAGCCAGGAAAUAUUUAACACAGGCAAAGAUAUUUAGAUCGCUUUUAGAAAAGAAGAAGAGCCAUCCCCCUUAAUACAAUUGCUUCCAGGUAGAAUGUACAUAUGUUUCCUUGCUGAUCUUUU